AUGGUCGGUCCGGGUGAAGUUGAUGCUGGAACAACGACCGGAACAGAAGGUUCUGAAAGCGGCCCAACUGGUUCUACUGAAGAAACCAAAGUAGGUGGAGACACUUCUGGAACAACGAGUGGUACUGACAGUACAGGCUCCGGAACUUCUCAUUCAACAGCUGGGUCGGAGACGAGUGAAGGAGGCUCAACCGGAACAACAACUGGAACCCAUGGUACUGAUUCUGGGUCAACAGAUACUACAGGAGAAACACAAACAAGUGGAGGUGCCAGUGGAACAGCAACAGGAACAGAUGGUACUGAUUCUGGUUCAACAGUUUCUACAGGAGAAACACACACGACUGGAGACGCAAGUGGAACAACGACCGGGACCCAUGAAACUGAUUCUGGAUCAACAGCUCCUACAGGGGAAACACAAACGAGUGGAGGUACAAGUGGAACAGCAACCGGAACCCAUGAAACAGAUUCUGGAUCAACAGAUACUACAGGGGAAACACAAACAAAUGGAGGUGCCAGUGGAACAGCAACAGGAACAGAUGGUACUGACGCUGGUACAAAAGACUCUACAGGUGAUUCCCCGACAACUGGAGGCACCAGUGGAACAACAACCACAACAGAUGGGACAGACUCUGGAUCUACAGGAGGUUCCCAAUCGAGCGGAACUACCGGUGGAUCAACAACUUCUGUAACAG